AUGGCACAGCAGCUCCAGGCAGCUACCCCCAGCUCCUGGGGUGGCCGGCCCACAGUGCCCUGCUGCCCGCAGGUGUGUGGUGCCCCCGGGGAUGCCCCCUGCACCAGCAGCGCCUGCGGGGGGGCCGGCUGCCGGGACGAGGACGGCAGGCGCCACUGCGGGGGCCUCAACUGCCAGGGGGCAGUGGCCAGGGCCAGCAGCGCGCGGGAGCGGGCCCGGCACACCCAGGCCGAGCUGCACCAGGCCAUGGGUGAGGUGGAGGAGCUUUUCCACAAGGUGGCCGAGGCCAAGGGGAAGGCUGACUCGGCCCGGCGGAGGGCACAGGCGGCGCUGGACAAGGCCAACGAGACCAGGGCGCGUGUGGAGCGCUCCAACAUGGCUCUGCGCGAACUCAUCCACCAGAUCAAGAGCUUCCUGAGCCAGGAGGGGGCCGACCCCGACAGCAUUGAGGUGGUGGCUGGGCGGGUGCUGGCGCUCUCCAUCCCGGCCUCACCCGACCAGAUCCGCCACCUGGCCGAGGAUAUCAAGGAGCGGGUCAGCAGCCUGGCCAACGUGGAUGCCAUCCUGGAGCAGACGGCAGGCGAUGUGCGCCGGGCGGAGCAGCUACUGCAGGACGCCCGCAGGGCCAGGUCGCGGGCCGAGAGCGUGAAGAACGCGGCUGAAGUGGGGAGGCGGGCGCUGGAGGAUGCCAGGCGAGCCCAGAGCGCCGCUGAGAGCGCCAUCCGCAGCGCCAGCAAGGACAUCCGCCACACGGAGGGCACCCUGAGCACGAUCCAGCUGCAGGCGGCGAGCACAGAGCGCCAGCUGCAGGGCGCCAUGGAGCAGGUGGGGCGGCUGGACAGCCAGCUGGGCACGCUGAAGAUGAAACGAGCCAAUAACAGCCUGGUGGCCACACGGGCCAAGGACACGGCC